AUGGCAAGAAUGUCGGAACCUUUAGUUGUUGGAAGAGUCAUAGGAGAUGUUCUUGAUUACUUUACCCCAACUACUAAAAUGAUUGUCACUUACAGCACCAAACUCGUCUUCAAUGGACAUGAGCUCUUCCCAUCUGCAGUCACCGCCAAACCUAGAGUUGAGAUUCAAGGAGGCGACAUGAGAUCAUUCUUCACUCUGGUGAUGACAGACCCAGAUGUUCCUGGCCCUAGUGAUCCUUAUUUGAAGGAGCACCUGCACUGGAUUGUGACAGACAUUCCAGGCACCACAGAUGUUACAUUUGGAAGAGAGAUGGUGAGCUACGAGAUGCCAAGGCCAAACAUAGGAAUCCACAGGUUUGUGUUUGUUCUUUUCAAGCAGAAACGAAGGCAGUCGGUGAACCCACCUUCUUCAAGGGAUCACUUCAACACCCGAAGCUUCGCAGCCGAAAACGACCUCGGUCUUCCUGUUGCUGCCGUUUACUUCAAUGCGCAGAGAGAAACGGCAGCAAGAAGACGCUAG